CGAUUACUACCUAUCGUCUUCUUUUAAUAUUCUUUUGGUGGUUAACAGCUGAAAUUUGACGUUCGCAAGUUCUUCUUUGGGUCCUGUUGGAAAACAAGUAUCGUUUUGCAAAAUUUAUUAUUUAUUGAUCGGUCGCAGUUACUGUUAGGUGCCAUGUCUCAACUGGAAAGGGUCCAAGAAGAGCUCGAGGCUCUGGAAGCUAUAUUUAUGGACGAUAUAUCAAUAAUUUACAAUGAAAGAGGUUGUGUUGAUCUAGUCAAAUCUGUUAUAUUUCCAUCCACUGCCAAUGAAGUGGACAAGCAGUAUGUGUGUGUUACUCUAGAAGUGAAAUUGCCUGAGGACUAUCCAGAUAGCAAACCUAUUAUAGCACUGAAAAGUCCAAGAGGGCUAGACGAUUCAACAAUUGAUCAUUUGCACAAUGAAAUUCAGAAGAAAUGUGAUGAAUAUUUAGGCCAACCAGUCAUCUAUGAGUUGAUAGAGCUAAUCCGAGAAAACUUAACUGAAAGCAAUUUGCCAACUUGUCAGUGUGCAGUGUGUCUGUAUGGAUUUUCCGACGGAGACUCCUUUACAAAAACGCAAUGUUUUCACUACUUCCAUAACUAUUGUCUUGCCAAUCAUCUCAUUAUCACUGGAAAGCAUUUCAAAGAAGAGCAGGAAAAGUUGCCAGCAUGGAAAAGAAGCACCAAAGCAUUUCAAGCAACAUGUCCUGUGUGUAGGGAUGCAAUUUACUGUGAUGUAGAUGAGCUCAAAACAGCGUUACCACCCAGAGAACUAGAUGAUGCUCAAAAAUUUGAAGUUACCCAUGAUCUGAAAGUGUUACAACAAAAAAUGCAACAGUUGUUCAAUUAUCAAAAAAGUAAAGGGGGGAUAAUUGAUAUUGAAGCUGAAGAAAACAAGUUACUAUUAAUUACAAAUUCCAACGAUAGCCAGGUUGCUGAUGAUUCAGUAGAUCCAGGUCCCAGCUUGGCAAACAAUAUAGCUCCUCCGCUUUCAAACGGAUUACAAACUCGCCACCAAAGACAUUAUUCCAAAUAUACAAGUAAUAGAUGACUAUGGCAUUCUGAAGUAAUUCUCAAUAUACUCAAGAAUACUCUUCUUAAUGUUGUUCGAUUUUGAUAUUCCAUGUAGCCGUUUGUGCUAUACGUGUUACCUUCUUGGCGGUAUAGAUGUUUUUGUUUUUUGUUUUUGUUUUCUAGUUUAGGAACAUAUUCAAUGUAUCAUACACAUGAAAAUAUAUGUAUUAUCGAUCUAGUUAGAAUAACAUGGAACUUUUACCUGA